GAAGAUAUUUUGAAGAAUGUUGUUAAGAGCCCCCCCAUUCACUUGCAUUGGUUACAAUAUAAUUGAAUGGGAGCUUAGCUGUUCUGUUACCAACAUUUUUCAAAAUAUCUUAUUUUGUGUUCUGCAGAAAUAAGAAAGUCAUAAUAAUAAGGAUACAGGGUGAGGUGGUUGAUGUUCAGGGUGUGAACAGUACAGAGGGCUUGUUGACAUCAGCAAAAAAAAGGAAAGUCAGUGCAAAGUGCAAAAUUAUUAGGUUUUUUACGAAGAAUUCUGACAAUUGUUGUGCACAAUUAGGACCAGGAAUAUUCAUUAAUGAGGGUAAUAGGGUUGCUUUUGAUUUCACACGUGAAUGGUUUGUUUGUGUUGCUUUUCUAAUGACUGUGAAAACAAAUUAAUGCAGUCAAACAUCUUAUACUGUUAGGAAUUAAGUUUUACUGGAUCUGAAUACAUGUAAAUGCACACCCAAAUAAAUCAGGCUACAUACAGUAUGAGGCUGUAAAUGGUCCAUUCUGAGACAAUCGUCCCUGAACAAUGACUUCCUACUGUCAUUUGAAUUCAAAUAGAGAAGAACUAAAUUUGUGGACUGUUACCUCUGUAGAAAUCAGCCAUCGAUUUAAAAGGCAUGUGGUUAAGCUGUGUUGGAAAUGUUAAAGUCUUGCUUUAAGAGUUAAUCAGAAGCAUGUUGUAAUGAUAAUUCUAUGUCUGUGUGACUCAUGUACUUUAUCUGGUCAACCUAGUAUGACAGUGAUGUAUGCCGCUUGUCAGCUGCUCUUUAAAUUCAUCUCAUUGAGCACUAAUGCGUGCAUUUUUUAAUAUCGUGCUUCUUAAAGUGAUUGUAGAAGAUCAAAGCAAGUGCUCAGGCCUUUGAAGUAUCAUGAAUUGAAUCAGUGGAACGUCCUUCCUCAAUAGUUCAAAAUGCAGGACAAGCUUUUCUGCUAGUUUUACUUUUAACGCCGUUUAACUAUAUUGCUGCUGCAAGUACUUGCAAAGUUUUGCACUUGAGUGUUUUACAGACCUCAUUGUGUCUAUCAAUGCCUAUAUCAGGGUAUUUGACAAAUGCAUUUUUUUUAAAUUAAGUUUAAUGUAUUUAACAUGAUGCAAAUGGAAACAAUGUCAUGAGGCCUAGAUGUGUCUUUAAUAUAUUGUACUUUCCAAAGGUUUUAGUUCACUGCAAAAUUUGGGAAAUAUGCAUUUCUAUGUUUUGCCAAGUGAACAAUGUCAAUUUAAGUAAAACAAAUACAAGAAAACUAUUGACAAAUGUCAGUGUCUCGAGUGAUAAGUAAUUGUGAUAAAAGCAAACAAAUAUUAUAGGCUAUGCAUUAUUUAAAAACAUUAGUUUUUAUUUUUCAUAUUUUAAGACAUAGUUAUCUUCAUAAUAGGAGCACAUAACAUAAAUUAGUAAAAUGUUAUUGUGUUGAAAGGGUCCACUGUGACUGUUGUGGUGAUGAAGGGGUUAACUGCGAGUCCUGCGAGGAAAACGCGGCCUGUGUCUUUAAAGUUUCUGUAGCAACAGCAGGAUCGCGGCGCGGCAGAUCACUACUCCUGACGCUCAACAGCUCGAGGGGAGGCGGCUCAAGAUCUCUCCGCUUUGAUAAGGUGCUUGAGCCUCGGUUAAAACUUUUUACCCACGGAUUUAGACAAAGAGGCGUAUCGCAAUCACUCUUCGCGAGUUUUUCCUACGAGUUGAUUAAAACUGAAACGGAUCGGUUGAAACAGUUUUUCGUUCGAUCUUGAUGCUUUAAAAGCACGAGAAAAGGGAAUAGUGAUGUAUGUAUCUUCCGGGACCGUGCGGUCUGCUGCGCUCUUUGAUGUCCGCUCUUAAACACUGAGCUCAGUGCAGACUGGAAUAAGAGACAAGAGCACAGCCACAUAUACUACAAAGACACCUAGUGCGUUGUUUUACUGGAUGAAGCGCGCUUUUAAAACCUCGCAUCUGCAUUUGACACUACACAACUUCAGAGGACUGCGCUCAAUCGGACAUAUUGUGGAUUAUAUUCGUUCCGUUGUUGAACUGUGGGACUGAACUCAUGGAUGGAUGAGAGAAGCUCCCCUGCUGAUUUAAGAGAGAGAGGAGAUUACAGCUGAGCUUCACACUGAAAGCUUUGCUGCCGGAGCCAUGAAUAGGACACUAGCAGAUCCUAUGGUCAGCAGCUUCAGAGAAGAUGCCCCUCGUCCUCCGGUCCCUGGGGAAGAGGGUGAGACGUCAUGCCACCAUCCCAGCAAACUGGCCACGAUGAGACCUAAGGAUCCUUUUAAGUCGAUUACAUCAGAUCCUCACUGUUCCAUGGCAAGGAGAGAUGAUGGUGGACUUGGAGAACCCGAGGGAAGCGCGUCGCCAGAUUCGCCUCUCGCCCGGUGGACGAAAUCUUUGCAUUUUCUUCUUGGUGACCAGGAUGGUGCUCAACUUUUCCGGGCAUAUUUGGAACGUGAGAAAUGUGUAGACACUUUAGAUUUCUGGUUUGCCUGUAAUGGUUUCAGGCAAAUGGACCUUAAGGAUACCAAAACUCACAGAGUUGCCAAAGCCAUUUAUAAACGGUAUAUUGAGAAUAACAGCGUGGUAGCCAAGCAGCUUAAGCCAGCCACUAAGACCUUUAUUAGGGAUAAUAUUAAGCGUCAACAGAUUGACUCUGCAAUGUUCGAUCAGGCUCAAAUGGAGAUCCAGACGGCAAUGGAGGAGAAUGCUUAUCAGAUGUUCCUGACUUCAGACAUAUACCUUGAGUAUGUUAGAACAGGUUGUGAAAACCCUAACCAUGUGAAUCCUAAUGGCCUAGGAGGUCUAAAACUAGUCUGUGGAUACUUGCCAACUGUGAUUGAAGAGGAGGAAUGGAGUUGUAAUGAUUUUAAAUCCAAAGCUUUGGCCACCUUAGUGGGACUUUCUGCCAAAGCGUUAAGGUCACCUCCUUCCCUCCGAGCGGUGGAUGUUUUGGAGAAAGGCUACAGGUCCUACAGACGCGGUGACCCUGCAAACCCCUACCAUGUCACGUCUGGUUAUGGUUUUGCCCCUGCCACCAGUGCCAAUGACAGCGAGGUCUCCAGUGAUGCCAUGACGGACGACUCUCUUUCCAUGACAGACAGCAGUGUAGAUGGCAUCCCUCCGUACAAGCUGGGAAGUAAGAAACAUCUACAAAGAGAGAUGCAACGUAACAUGAGGAUGAAUGGCCAAGUGUGUCUGCCACCGUUUCUCAGGACACGGCAGCCACCUAAGGAGAUGACACCCGUGGAGCCAGCAGCGUUCGCCGCACAACUGAUAGCCAGGUUGGAACGUCUGAAACGGGAACAGGAGACCAUGAGCUCUCUGGAGGAGAGACUACAACAGAUUCAGGAGGAUGAGGAGCGGGACGAGUCUGAGGUGUCUGGCAGUGGCACGUCCCACUCUCUGCCUCUGCUUCCUCCUGGCUCCUCCGAGGAAGACCCUCAGGCCAUCCUGGAUGAACACCUCUCCCGUGUCCUUAAGACCCCUGGUUGUCAGUCUCCGGGCAUGGUUCGGCAUUCCCCACGCUCUCGCUCCCCUGAACAGCGCCCCCUGCCCCGGGGAGGUCCUGGCGUCAGGUCGCAGUCUGCAUCCAUGAGUGGAUACACAGCCGCCAAGACCAUUCUAUCUAGACAGUCCACAAAGCACAUCCAUCACCACUACAUUCAUCACCACGCCGGGACCAAAAGCAAGGAGCAGAUUGAGGCAGAGGCCGCCCAACGGGUACAUUGUUUAUGUCACGGAGCAUCUGAAUGUGGCUCCGCCCCCUAUAUCCGUAGCCGAAGUCUGGGCAGGGACCAGUGCGGCAGCCCUUCAGAAGUCUUGGGGCAUUCCAGCUCUUUAUCCAAGCGUCUGUGUAAGUCUGGAGAGGAGGUUAACACUGAGGGGUUGGAGAGCACUCUUCUUCAGCUGCCCACUGACAGUACGGACCGAUCUCAUAAUGUGUGGCAGUGGAUCCUGGAGAGCGAUCGUCAAACCAAGCAUAAGCCCCACAGCACUCAAAACACAAAGAAGUCGCACUGUUUGGAUUCCACGCGUGUACACACAUGGGGAGGAGGCGGAAGCAGCGGCCAUCUCCGUACCCACCAGCCUGCGCACCCCUUUGUCCAGGACCCUGCCAUGCCACCCCUACCCCCUCCAAACACCCUUGCACAGCUCGAAGAGGCCCGUAGACGCUUGGAGGAAGUCUCCAAACCCCCAAAACAAAGGCAUUCCACAUCAAGCCUUCAAAGAGAAAAGAGUCACCCAGUGAAUGUGCAAAAUGGCAGUCCAGCGCUUCAAACUGACGAAUCGAAGAACUUGAAUAAGGUGUCAGGUGUCCAUGGCGGUUUGGGCUUAGAGACUGUGGUUACGUACUUCUUCUGUGGUGAGGAGAUCCCAUACCGCAGGAUGAUGAAAACUCACAGCCUCACACUUGGACACUUUAAGGAACAGCUAAGGAAGAAAGGCAACUACAGGUACUACUUCAAGAAGGCCAGUAGUGAGUUUGAGUGUGGCGCUGUGUUUGAGGAGGUCUGGGAUGACUGCGCCGUUCUGCCAAUGUAUGAGGGCAAAAUCCUUGGCAAAGUGGAACGAAUGGACUAAAGCGGACUAAAACGAACCUGACAGUCCAAUUGUGGGCAGACCUAGCCUAACUCAAGACUCAGAAAAAUAUAUGUAUUUUUAAUAAAGCUAAAGAAGUUAAAACAUCCUUUAAGAUAUUUGGCCUGCCAAGCUGUUGAAGGAAUACUAGCCAAUGAAGUACAGAGGAAUCAGAACCAGCAAAGAAUUGUGGGAAACUGAUGAGAAAUCUAAGGACACACUAUGCCCACUGACAAUGCAAACACUCGUUUGGACUACAACCUGCCCGUGUGUCCCCAUACCAUGGACUGCUGACCAACAUUUUGUGAUAAUUCUAGAUAUUUGUAUGUGUGUGGGGUGUGAGAGCGUGUACACAAGUUAUAAUAUGCUUCUGUCUAGUAAAAAAAACUUUAUUGCUAUUUAUUAAACUGUCAUUCCCCUUGUACCCGUGUUCAGAUGAUGGACAAGCUGCUUAUAUGAUUGGAAGAUAUUUUUCUAAUGUUGAACACGCAUGGACAGAUGUCCAGAGGCAUGCUCCUUAACAUGAUGGACAUUGCCAGGAAUCUCUCCGCUGGCCAACAAACAGAACCGUGUGCCGGAUCAGCGCAUUUCUCAGAGUGUCUCCACUGAGUGGCCCGAUUAUGUGUUGCAUCUUCAGUGCCUUUGGUGUAAGGUCCAGACAUUGCACAGGAACCAAUAGCCUUUCUCCUGGAACCCGUUCCAAACCCUUGAUAUAUGAGGUUAUGCUAUUUCAAAAUACUUAAAAAUGUUCAGUUUAACACUAUUUUUGGAGAUCAGUGGGUGUGUGGAAAGUGUUAAUGUACUGUAUUAAAACAAGGCCGAGCUCCAGAGCAAAAUCUUGCAAUGCGCUGGCAUAAAUGGACAAGAACGUGCCAUCGCUGGUGUAUUAUAUAGUACCUGUGCCUCCAUGGAUACCAUGCUGUGUGCUGCCCUGUUUCAGGGUGUGAAUAUUCCCUUACUUUUCUGAGGGGUUUAUGUUUUAGAAUUUUUUAAAGCUUUGAAUAUCUUCAAUCAUGACAUUGUUUCAAUGUUUUCUUCCCCCAAGGAUAUUGUUUGUGUUUCACUUAAAUGUAAAUUAUGCAUUAUAUAGAGCUUUGUUUUAAAGAUGACUUGGUACUUUAAUUAUUGUAAUUAUGAAGAGAUGUAGCCUUUAUUAAAAGUUAUAUUUUUUAAAUGAACACUAGUAUGG